AUGCUAUUCAAACAGCAGGCAUUGCUGAGACAGAAGCUCUUCGUCCUGGGCAGCCUCGCUAUCGGAAGUGUCCUCUAUCUCGUGGCCAGGGUUGGGACCUUGGAUAGGCUACAGCCCAUUUGCCCCAUUGAGAGCCGACUGCCCCCUCCUGAGCCAGAGCAAAUCCCUCUACGCACCCUUCAGUUUAAGCGCGGCCUGCUCCAUGAACUGCGCAAGGGCAAUGCCACCAAAGAGCAAAUCCGCCUGCACAACCUGGUCCAGCAGCUGCCGCGGGCCAUCAUCAUCGGGGUGCAAGGGGGCACCCGCGCCCUGCUGGAGAUGCUCAACCUGCAUCCGGCGGUGGUCAAGGCCUCGCAGGAGAUCCACUUCUUCGACAACGACCAAAACUACGCCCGGGGCAUCGACUGGUACCGGGAGAAAAUGCCCUUCUCCUUCCCCCACCAGAUUACCAUCGAGAAGAGCCCAGCGUACUUCAUCACGGAGGAGGUCCCCGAACGCAUCUUCAAGAUGAAUUCCUCCAUCAAGCUGCUGAUCAUCGUCCGCGAGCCCACCACCAGAGCGGUGUCCGACUACACGCAAGUGCUGGAGGGCAAGGAGCGCAAGAACAAGACCUAUCACAAGUUUGAGAAGCUGGCCGUGGACUCCGGUACUUGCGAGGUGAACACAAAGUACAAAGCGGUGCGGACCAGCAUCUACACCAAACACUUGGAGCGCUGGCUGAAGUACUUUCCCGUGGAGCAGUUCCACAUCGUGGACGGGGACCGCCUCAUCACAGACCCGCUGCCGGAGCUGCAGCUCGUCGAGCGCUUCCUUAACCUGCCCUCGAGAAUCAGCCAGUACAACCUGUACUUCAAUGCCACCAGGGGAUUUUACUGCCUGCGAUUUAACAUUGUCUUCAACAAGUGCCUGGCGGGCAGCAAGGGCCGCAUCCAUCCGGAGGUGGACCCGUCGGUGGUGACUAAACUGCAGAAGUUCUUUCACCCCUUCAAUCAGAAGUUCUACCAGAUCACUGGUAGGACAUUCAACUGGCCAUGA